GGAAGUGCUUGUUGAAGGUCGACUGCUGAAUGUGGAGACGCAACCGGAUGUAUUCAAUAAUUCAUCCGGCAGCUAAGAGGACGAUUAGCACGUAGCACUCGAGCUAACGUAAUCUAAACAGUCAAAGCCUUAAUAAUUGAAUAAUAACUUUAUAUUGUCAUUUGACAACACCAAAGAUCAGACAUGAUUAAAGCCAUCUUGAUAUUUAACAACCACGGGAAGCCGCGGCUGAUCAGAUUCUAUCAGUAUUUCGCGGAGGACAUGCAGCAGCAGAUCAUUCGGGAGACUUUCCAUUUGGUAUCGAAAAGAGACGACAACGUCUGCAACUUCUUGGAGGGUGGAAGUCUCAUUGGUGGCUCGGACUACAAGCUGAUUUACCGGCACUACGCGACCCUCUACUUUGUCUUCUGCGUGGACUCGUCUGAGAGUGAGCUCGGCAUCCUGGACCUGAUCCAGGUGUUUGUGGAAACGCUGGAUAAAUGCUUUGAAAACGUUUGUGAGCUGGACCUCAUAUUCCACAUGGACAAGGUCCAUUACAUCCUGCAGGAGGUGGUGAUGGGAGGCAUGGUGCUGGAGACCAACAUGAAUGAGAUCGUAGCUCAGGUUGAAGUGCAGAACCGAAUGGAGAAGUCAGAGGGAGGUCUAUCGGCGGCCCCCGCUCGCGCCGUCUCUGCAGUGAAGAACAUGAACCUGCCCGAGAUGCCCCGCAACAUCAACAUCGGAGACAUCAAUAUCAAAGUGCCGAGCCUCUCCCCGUUCUGAACGGCCUUCCAGCGGCGCUCUGCGGGCCUCUGCUGUACUUGUGAUGCAGCCCCCGCUCCACCCAGAGAAAAACAGUUUUAUAUGUGUACCAUGAAAACCACGGCGGCUUGUUCUCCCCCUCAUUCCUUCUCAUAUGAACGGGUGAUAAGCAGUGGAUUAUUUGAGUUCUACUGUAAACAAGUUACAGAUUACUCCAGUUGAAGGAUUUGCACAAUAAUGUAAAGUUAUAUUCUAUAAAGAGGAAUAUUAAUAUCUGUAUUUUCUGCUGCUCUUUGUUCUAUUUGUCCGGCUGAUCUCCUCCGUUCUGCAGAAGAAAGAUUAACUGUUGGCUCAGUGCAUAUGUUCCUGCACAUCUCUUCCAAAUCUCUGACAUUCAUCAGAGUCCAAGGUUUGAAAACUUUCCUUUUGUAUGGAGCGAGUUUUUGGACUUGGCACAGUUCAAUGUAAUCCGAUCUUUUGGCUUCUGUGUUGGGUUAUAAUUACUCACAUCGGCUCCUCUGCUUGGCUCUUGUCACAAUUAAUUUGACCGUCUCUGUAAUAUAUCUCUGACUUCCUUGUGCGUUGUGAAUCGUGUUAGUGUUGUGGCUGCAGGUUGUGUCAGUGCUGCACAUGUACAUGCGGUGCAGUUGUACCUGGUUUUAAUGUGCUGUAGAGGCAUCAGCCUAACGUUGACCUGUUGGAUCUGUAAGUGUUUGUACAAAGUGUGUUUGUGUCUUAUUGGCUGUAUUUCCGUGGUCAGAAAGAUUCAUUUCAACCAUUACGUCGUGUCAAGACAUUCCUUUCCAUGCUGCAAUUAUUAAAUGACAAUAGAAAUCUC